AUGACUCUCCCAGAUCAGAGUAAUUUAGUAAGAUGGGGUAAAGGUACCGAAAAAACUUGCUAUAUCUGCGGAAAGGCAGUUGGAACUGCCAAGCAUUUGCUGGUGGGAUGUAAGGUUCUCCUGGACAGCGGUCAAUACUCGCGUCGUCACGAUAGGGUUUUAGAGAUCAUACGUGAAGCGGUUAGUCUUUCGGUAGCCAGAGCGCAAAGGGAAAUAACCACAAACGAGCGAUCAAUAGGUUUUGUGAGAGAGGGCACCAGGGCUAUAAAAUCAAACGUCAAGCCUUACUCAAUCCUUAAAGCGGCUUCGGAUUGGACUAUCAUGAUGGAUACGUAUGAGAAACAAUACAAAAUUCCCGAGGAUAUUUGUGCGUCGGCCUCCAGACCAGACAUAUUUCUAUAUUCGCGUAUUUUAAAGCGCGUUGUGAUGAUAGAGCUUACGGUGCCUUGGGAAACCAACAUCCCCAAAGACCAUGCCAUCAAGGUCAAUAAGUAUUACGAGCUCACUAACGAACUAACUCGAAAUAGGUUCGUCGUUGAUUUGUACGCGGUAGAGGUGGGAGCGAGAGGUAUAACAGCUAAAUCUCUCUAUAACCUACUAAAAGACUUGGGCCUGUCCAGAACUAACAUUAAUUCAUUCUUAGAACGUACGUCGAAGGCAGCCCUAGUAGGUUCUUUUCAAAUUUGGUUAGGUAGGGAGAGGAACUUGGACAGUGGAGGUGAGCGUAUAACGCGCGUUAGUUAA